AUGAAGUUAUAUACGCCCAAGGCCGUCAUGGCGGUGGCCUUCCUCCUGAGUUCGAGUCUGUCAUGCGUUGAAGCAGCCCUUGACGAAAGCCUCAAGGGAUGCUACAAAGGUUCCGGCAGUUUGAAGGAUAUGGGGCCCACCAAAUACCAGAGCACAGGAGCCUGUCGAGAAUUGUGCACCAAGUCCCAGAACGCAGUAUUUGCGCUCCAUGACACCGACCGAUGCUCUUGCGGUGAUAAAUAUCCUCCAGAGAGCCUGAAGGCCGCGUCUACAGAUAAAACCUGCGUUCUCGUCAACUGCCCAGGCUUUGACAAAGAUAAAUGUGGUGGAAAGAACAGCUUUGCGGUCUACCUGACCGGUCUAGUCGAUGACCCAGCAACAGAGGGCGGUGCAGACGACGGCGAUGCCACGAAGACAUCGUCGACUCCUCAGCCAACAAUCACCGAGGGAGGACACACGAUCAUCAUCACUCCUAGCAGCAAGCCUGCCCCGUCAGGCCCCAACAAGGCUGGAAUCGCCGCCGGUGUAGUCGUUGGCGUCGUGGCCAUCGGCGCCAUCAUCGGGGGUGUCAUCUUCUUCCUCAAGUACAGAAAGCGACAAAAGGUGGUUGACGAGUACCGUCGCAACCAGACAAUCAAUAACUUCGUCGCUGGAGGGAAACCGUCGUACAGUCAGAGCUCGGCGGAUUCACGACUAGACCCAAGCAUGACAUCUCAGCGCCGCCAGAGCAACGGCAGCAUUGCUGACGACCAAGACUUCUCACGGCGGGUUUUGAAGGUACAUACUAUCAUCCAUCUUUCCUCUACCUGCUUGCGGUUCCCCUUGGGCUAA